AUGGUGAUACCAACCACCUGCGCACGUCUUCCCGAGGCCAUCAACGCAGCAUACAACCAGUCCUCGCGUCGUCGAAAUGAUCUUUGUCUGCUAUUCAGUCCAUAUAUCACCAACACAUCCUUCCAUAUACCAUCCCGUUUUCGCAGCCUCACUAUUAAGCACUGCCGCACAAGACCUCAGUUCCCUUGUGCCAAUCACUUGAUCAUUCAGGACACAUCGACCUUCUGCGGUGUCGAACUUCCGCAGUGGGAGGGCAGGGGUAAAAAAUACAGGAGGCACGUGGUAGAAUUCAAGGGACAUGUCUAUCUUGGCCUCGACCUCGGUAAAUGUGAUGGUCAGGUCAACUUGGAUUCUAUCUCUAAUGAAUCAUGGGGUCAGCUGCGUGAUAAUAUGGACAGCCUUUCGGGCACCAGUGAGGAAAAGGGAGAUACUUGGUGGGAGCGCUGGAAAGGGGUUGUUGCUUCCCUGCUUGGUAUUUUAGCGGGGACAAUGAAAUUCAAAGCUGGCAUCAAGGUGAGCUCUGGAGGCCUGUAUGCAACUCAUUGGCUGGGUGCAAAGUUGUUUGCCGGCUAUAUCAGCGGAUCAGCAACCAUGUCAAUAGCAGCGCCGGUUGCUGCUUGCGCGUUUGGCACCGCUGCAGCUGUGUACUUCAUCCCGUGGGGCAGCCUGAUUUCAUGGAUAAAGAGGGCUGUCAGCAAGAUCUGGAGCCUUCUCGGAAGUGUGUGGAACUGGCUGAAAGAAAGGUUUGCUACCUUUUCCACUGCUGCAGAGGACCUUCCGCCUCCUUAUCGGCCCAUGGAGUUUGCAGCUUAA